AUGGGCGAUUCCUCAUUCUUCGAGCUUUCCUACUUCAACGCCUCAGGUUCCUCCUUGGGCAAUUGGCAGAUUCCUGAGACGCAUACGGCCGAGCCUGAGGAGGCCGUUGCGGCUAAGCGUGCAUACGAGCAACACCUGCCUACGCAGCCCGACCCCUCCAGAGUUCAGACCUUGGCUGGCUCCCCUUCAGAAGGGGAAGACUAUGCCAACAACACCUUCCAAGACGCCCCUCUCGACUCUGUGUCCGUCUCCAUCACCUUCCAUGCCGCAGCCAACCUGUUGCAUACCCCAACAGACCUCGUCCUCAUCUCCUCCGAUGGCGUCGUCUUCCACGUCCACACCGCAAAACUGCUGGGCGCGUCCACCAACGACUUCAACCACCUUAUCCUCCCCAGCUCUGCACGAUCCAACAUCGUCGACACCGUCGUCUGCGUUCCCGAACCGGCCGCCUCCCUCAACGUCCUCCUCCACUCCGUGUACGAACUGUCGUGCACGCACUACAACCCGCCCCUUGGCACGCUCAUCGCCGCGGUCGACGCGAUGCCCGCCUACGGCAUGUCCCCCCAGCGGUACGUCCUACCGCCCCUCUUCGACCUCAUCCUCGCGCUCGCGCCCACGCAGCCGCUCGCCGUCUACGCGCUCGCCUCGCGGCACGACCUCUUCGCGCUCGCGCAGCCCGUCUCGAGCCACCUGCUCUCGUUCCCCCUCGACACGUUCACGGACGACCUCGCGCGCACGAUCGCCGGCCGGUACCUCAGCAAGCUCUUCCUGCUGCACAUCGGGCGGCUCGACAUGCUCAAGCAGCUGCUCCUGCCGGCGCCGCAACUGCACCCGUGCACGCCCGAGUGCGACUUUGUGGAGCAGAAGAAGCUCGCGAGGGCGUGGGCGCUCGCGGCGGGCUACCUCGCGUGGGAGGCGCGUGCCGAUACGACCCCGGGUGCGAUAGAGAGCGCGCUGGCGUCGCUGGCGCCGCGUCUUUCGUGCGAUGCGUGCAAGCGGAUGCUCGCGGCGCGAAUAAGGGAUAUUGUCGCUCGGUGGUCGUCCGCGGAGCGGACGAUCUGA